UUUGAUAAGGUGUCGUUAUUGUCACAUGCGUGCAUUUCGGUGCAGCUGCGCGGCGCCUCUCAGCGUUUUGCCCUUUGUCCCACAAGCCCAUUGUAUGUGACGGAGGAAACCCUGUGCAGCGAAACCCGCCAUCUUGGAAAGGCAAACACUUCUAGCACCAGGAUAACCCGCAGAUCCCCUGAAAGAGCCGAAAUAAAACGAAAAUACCCACACAAUAACGAGCCAGAAUGGCCACCGCUCCGUACAACUACUCCUAUAUUUUCAAAUACAUCAUUAUUGGGGACAUGGGAGUGGGGAAAUCAUGUUUGCUUCAUCAGUUCACAGAAAAGAAAUUUAUGGCUGACUGCCCUCACACAAUCGGAGUGGAGUUCGGGACGAGGAUAAUCGAAGUCAGCGGUCAGAAGAUCAAGCUGCAGAUCUGGGACACGGCAGGACAGGAGCGGUUCAGAGCCGUCACACGGAGCUACUACAGGGGAGCUGCGGGCGCGCUGAUGGUUUAUGACAUCACCAGGAGAAGCACGUACAACCAUCUUAGUAGCUGGCUGACAGACGCAAGAAACCUCACCAACCCUAAUACUGUGAUAAUUCUUAUAGGAAAUAAGGCAGAUCUAGAGGCUCAGAGAGACGUCACGUAUGAGGAAGCCAAGCAGUUUGCAGAAGAGAACGGGCUGUUAUUCCUCGAAGCUAGUGCGAAAACAGGCGAGAACGUUGAAGACGCAUUCCUGGAGGCCGCGAAGAAGAUCUUCCAAAACAUUCAGGACGGCAGCCUGGACCUAAACGCAGCCGAGUCCGGGGUACAGCACAAGCCCUCUGCUCCCCAGGGAGGCCGGCUAACAAGCGAACCACAGCCCCAAAGGGAAGGGUGUGGCUGCUAGUGACGUCCGCAGUGGGGAAGACCCAACCACCUUCACCUCACUUCUCCACAAGUGUGUGUGUGUGUGUGGGGGGGGGUGGAUGGAAGGGGGGAGGCUGUUAACUCCUCCUGCCUGCCUCCCUCCCUCUUUCGCUCUCCCUCUCCUACCUUACCUUGUCGUCGCCCCCCCCCCCCCCCCCCCCCCUCCCUCACCACUAUACCAGCCCCAUUCGAUAGUCCAUUAUGUCUGGGAUUUAAAAUUUAAGAAAAAAAAAGAUGUAUGAAAAAAGAUAUUCAAGGUUAAAACUCACCACUGAGACGUUGGUAACAUGAAACUAAAAGAAAUAAGCAUCUCUUUCCAUUUAUUUAAUUUAAGUCAUUCCGUUACUCUGUAAAGCAUAAUUUACAUCAAACAACAAUGUAAAUCCAGUGCAGCAGCCUGUCCUAUUCACAUUUUUGUAGUAGUCCGAAACGUCCUGAUAUAUAUAUUUUUUUUAUCAGUGAUUCACCUACAUGACCUUUUUUUUCUUUUGGAUUUUGCACCUUAAUGUCCUCGUGAUAGUUCCAGAUCAAUAGGUAAUGCAUCUGAAGUGGUUUGCCUAAACAAUGGUGGAAAAAUCCCUUCCCUUCUUCUCUUGCCUAAGAGCUUACUAUACAAAUUCUGAAACGUGCUGGGCUCUGUGAAAGCAGACCUGCAGAAUGGCAGAUUUGAAAAGCUGGAGUAUGUGUUGUGUUUGCUGGUAUAUUCUGCUGUGGAGUUUAGAGGCUGCCUGUUGUGAUGCAAACCAAGGGUUAGGGUUCGAACCACAACCCCCCAAUCAGAGGAACAGCCCCUGGUCACGUGAUCUGCUGUUAAAAAUGUUAAUAGAAAGGAAACGCCUCAGACAGGUCAGGGCACGUGCUUGAAGCACUUACGAUUCACACGUGGAAUCCUUCUUGAUACCUGUGUUUAGGCAGCACUGCUUGGGGCGAGCCAACAUGAUGGAUCGCUGCUUGUCCUGUAUUUCCAGCUUGUAUUGAACUUAUUAGCGACCUCUGGUGGCAAGAUUUGGAAAUUACAGUUCAGUGAUAAUACGGUAAUGAAAAUGAGGACACAUAGCAUUCAUGUGCUCUCCAUUCCUGUAUGCAGACACGGCUAUUGGUUGUAUCUGUAUUCUGUUACCGAUCAGCUGUAGUUAAAAUGACAGCUGUCUUGAUACUUUAGGAAAUUGUGUUUUUUUUUACCCAUUAAGUUAAUAUAUUUUUUUUUUCUCGAGUCUUAACCUGAAAAAGCAAAAAGGGUAAAAAUAAUACUUUUGGUUUUGUUUCUUCUGCACUUCUCUCAUCAACUGUAGCCCCAUUCCAGACCCUGUUUUAUGUAUUUCCACGUGUUUAAAAAAGAAAGAAAAAUGUGUAUACAUUUUGAAGGAGCUGUGUUAUAACAUAUAAAUGCAUUCUGCGUGUAAUAUGAUUUUAAUGAAGACAAAUUGAUUUUAAAAGAAAAAAUACAUUAUCCACUCUCUUUGUACAGUAUGACCUCUCUUUAAAACUGUGUCAUGUUGCCCCGUGAAGCACAGAAAUAGAUGUGAUCACUAAUAAUAAAAAGAAACGACAAAACAAAACCCAACUUUUUACAACUGUAUUGAGAUUUGCUUUUAACACCAGUUGCAUUUUCUUGUAUAAUGUGUCUGUUUCUGCUUUGUUCCAUCAUUGCACUAUGGUCUGACCGGCUCUGCUGUGUGUAUCAGUCCCUUGUGAUAACAUGCUUCUCCCUCCUUGUGUUGGUGUCUUGCAGUUUUGCGUCUGGCUGUAUUUUCUCACUUCGUUGUUGUAUACAUGCAUAAGAGCCUUGACUAAAAUACUGGCCCGGAAAUACCUUUGCACAGGAAACCUGAUUUUACUAUACAGUAGAAAUAUUUUAGGGUGCAUUUAGAUUUUUUAAACUGAUUUAAUGAAUGAAUAAAUUAUUCUUAUAUUCUAGUGGGUUGGGAGAGGAAGAUGGUGGUAGGGGGAGACUGUGAACUAUGUUAGCUGUGUUGAAUAUAACGCUGCAAUGUGUCUUUUUUAUUUUAAGAUUUGGAAAGAGACCGUGAUCAUUCUCAACAUGGGGCUUUUUAAGUUUUCAGGAAUUAUGAACCCUCCCUGGUCUUUUGGAGAAGGGGAUUGUGUUGUAUAUAUUGUACAUUCAUCCAGAAGCAGAGGCUGAGAUGGAAUGAAUUUUGAAAGGUUUCUAAGAAAGGAAGUUGGCUGCAUUUCACCGCUGUUUUAAACUAUUACAAGGUGCAACGUCAGGCUGUUGAUUAAACAUGCAUUUUAACAUACAAGGACUGGCAUUUUCAGAAAGCGUGCUGCAGAGGUUGAAUCGGAAGGCUUGUUAGCAGCAGCAUUUCAAAGAUGGCGAGGGUUAGCGAAUUCCAGAUUUAAAAGGAUAUGUGAAUUUCAAGACGGUCUCAAAGGAUCGUAGGCCGAUGUGUUUAGUUGUUUGGUUACAUGCUUUGCUGCAUUCAGUAUAAAAGUACGAUCUGCAAGGCACUGAGUGUGACAUCCCCAAACGACAUAACUCCCUGUAUCCAUGCCCAGACGACAUAACUAACUGUAUUCAGUAAUUCAGUAGAAUUACUGGGCGGUCUGUUUUGGAUAAUUUCUUGUUGGAUUCCCUUCUGUUCAUGGAAGCUGCUUUCUGUGCUACCAGUCACAGACCCUGCUCUGCAAAUGAUUAUAUUUUUAAUUUUAUUUGGGGUGGGCCGUUGUGUUGUCCUUGACAUGCUGGAUUGAGAGUCAUGCUGCUCAAGUGCUGUGUUAAAUCUGUGCCAUUUCUCAUUAUACACCAGCUUUUAAUGUGCAGCCUGCUCUGUAUGUGUAGAGAUGAACUUCCCAGCUUCUGAAUCUGACGAGACCACUGUAAUGCCAAACGGGGAGGAUGCUGGGUUGUGCUCCGAAGAAAAUAAUAUGACAGCGUUUAAAUUGAAAAAAAUAUUUUCAAUUGCAGGAGUUUUUUUUAAGAGUAAAAAGUCCCCCCCCCCCCCCCCCCCACUGGAACUACUCCAAGAUUAAAUAAAAAUAGUACGUAUGCUUGAAUGCUUGUUUCUGAAUUAGUCAUUUUUUUGUGUGUCCCCCCCCCCCCCCCCCCACUCUAUAUGUAGUUAAUUAAUAAAUUUGGUGUCUGUUGAGGGUGGAAAGAUCACAUCGCAACAUGCGAGGAGAAGUAAGAGGUUAAUGUGACAUAGCAGAGGUCUUAAAGAGGGUACUGUCCAUUCAUUUUUAUUUUUAAUGAGUGCAAUUAUUAAUAAGCAAACAUUAAACAUGAUACGUAACCAGCUAUCUGCCUUGGUACUACCUUUCUCUUAACCGUUUGGAAUUUGUAUUUACCGUCUCUGAAUUGGAAUGCGUUUUGACAUACUGUAUUUUCAAAUGAAAUGUAACCUUUUUCUUUAUCAUGGCUUUAGUAAACGCAGUCCUUGGUUUGCCCUAAACUCUGGGCACAUUGCUGCUUGGCCCUGUAGAAAUUAGUAAAAAGCAUGGGAGCUUGCGCUUAAAAAUAACAAAAGUCCUAAAAAAAAAAAAAAAAAAAAAAAAACACAGAUAAUUUUGACACUAAGCGAAAGCAUUUUUGUUUGAUGUGGUACCGGGACACGGCAUGUUAUGUAAAGGCCAAAACUGGACUCUGUAGUUCCUCAGGAACUUUCCCUCUGCUCUGUUUUGUUCUUCGUAUUGUUUAGUCGGAGCAUGUGCCCUUUUAUUGAAGUAGAUGCAAGUAAUGUUAAACCAAACUUUAAUUACAGCUCGUGUCUUGGGAGCAUAUAUGAAAUCUAUAUUAAAAAAAUAUCACUUUUUAAUGAUUUAUUAAACAGCCCAACUCAAGGACCACAGCCUGCUAACAUAAAUAUAUAAUAUUUAUAUGAAAUAGUCAUUAUAAAGCCAACUCAAAAGACAUUGAAAUUGGCUGAAGUCAUUAAAUGUGUGCUUGGUUUUCUGUUUCUAUAUCUCUUUUUUUUCUAUUUCUCAUUAAUGUUUUUUUUUAACUCUUAAACCGCUUACAAUAGGUCUUGUUAUUUAUAUCGGUGACAAACCAACUUUCUUCGGACUGCUGUACUUUUCAUUUGAUGGAACAAAAUUGCUAUUAAUCUGAAUAUUUGUAAAUAAAGUACCUGUAUCUAGA